CCUUGGAAUUAAUGUAUCCAGAAAUCUUUAAAGAAGAGAAAGCAGAUGGAGAAACCUGAGGAUGAGGAAUCAUUCAGGACUCUGAAGACGAAGGUGGAGACCAAAGAGACUGAGUUAUACACCAAAGAAAAUGAGCUCAUACGAAUAGAAGCUGAGCUCCAGCAGCUCCUGGAUGAUAAAGACACGAUGGAGGAGGAGGUGGCACUCAACGAGUUGUUGAGAAUCUGUGCUGCUCUGAUUGAUCCUGCUCUCGCCUUAGGUAAGUGGUGGAUCAUGUCCAGGCAGAAGAUCCGGGAGGAGAUACAGAGGAGGACGGAGGAGGCCCAGAGCAACAUUAACAUCCUGCAGGCCAAAUCAAAGGAGGAGAAACAGAGAAGACAGGAUGCAGAGAAGGAAGUGAAAUCCUUGAAGAGCCAGUUGGAGUCCGUGAAAAAUGAGCUGGAAGAACAAAAACAGAAGACAGCGGAAGAACAGAAGAAACGAGAGGCUGCCGAGAGUAAAGUGAAAAGGCUACAGAGUCAGUUGGACUCCAUGAAUAGUAAUAACAAUAAUUAGGUUCAUCAAAUUAUUAUUAACUUUCUCAAUGACUGACUUGUUGUCCACUCAGUUGUUCUCAGCUUUGUCACUGAAAAUGUCAGAAUGUAAAAAAUCAGGACAACAUAUGCAGAUGUUUAAUGUUGUGUAAAACAAGGAGACACUAUGAAGUACUGAUUGUUAAGAAGAGGCCACUUUUCCCAGAAUUCCCAUA